ACAUUGCUUUACACUGGAGCUCUGCGCUCUUGGUACUUCGGGAACACCUUUACUUUCUAGCUUAGUGUGAGGAGCAAGAGAGACCAUGAGCUUCAUCUUAAACAUUUCCCCAUGGACGUGGCUCCUACUGGCUGCUUUCUGUGCUCUCCUAUUGAUAUAUGGAAUGUAUCCUUAUCGGUUCUUUAAGAAGUUGGGGAUUCCAGGACCCACACCAUUGCCAUUUCUAGGAACAUUUCUGGGAUACAGAAACGGUGUGGUAAAGUUUGACAUGGAAUGCUUCAAAAACUAUGGCACAUUAUGGGGGUUUUAUGAUGGCAGACAGCCAGUACUUGCUAUUAUGGAUCCUGCUAUAAUUAAAGCUAUUUUAGUGAAAGAGUGUUACACUAACUUCACCAACAGACGGGCCUUCAGUCUACUUGGACCCAUGAAGUCAGCACUCACAACUGCUGAAGAUGAGCAGUGGAAGAGAAUCCGCAGUGUUUUGUCUCCCACAUUUACUAGCGGGAGACUCAAAGAGAUGUUUCAAAUAAUGAAAGAUUACUCAAAUGUUCUGGUGAAUAAUAUGCAGGUUUACGUGGAAAAAGGUGAACCGUGUGCAAUGAAGGAUUCCAUUGGAGCUUACAGCCUGGAUGUUAUCGCCAGCACCUCAUUCAGUGUCCAUAUUGACUCCCUAAACAAGCCUAAUGACCCCUUUGUCAUGCAUAUCAAGAAAUUUCUAAAUCCUAGCUUGUUCAAUCCAUUGGUCAUUGUUUUGGUGUUCUUCCCAUUCAUUGCACCUAUUCUUGAGAGGCUGAAUGUCAACUUGGUGCCCAAAGACUUCCUAAACUUUUUCAUGAAUGCAGUCACAAGCUUCAGAGACAAGAGAAUAAAAGGAGAUCACUCGGGCAGAGUGGAUUUCCUGCAGCUAAUGUUGGACUUUAGAACAGAUGAUCCAAAUAUUUUGAACAGCAGCCAAAAAGGUAUAAAAGUUAUAUUAAAUAAGCUUGUAACCGAUCCCGUAUACUAAGACUGAGUACAUCCGCUGUAAUUCUCCCAAGUCCCAAGUGAAGCAGUGAUUAUA